AUGGAGAGUGGGGGAAAUGGUGGGGAAGACGAAGAGGAAAGGAUGGGGAAGACGAAGGGAAAAGAGGAUUCGGGGGAAGACAAAGGGAUUCGGUGGACUGAAUGCACCAUUUUGACCAAUGAGGUUCAAAUUGUAUACGAUUCAGAGUUUCAUGAUAAAGCGGAGGAUGCUCCUAUAAAGUAUAAAAUUAUAGACGACAAAAAUGUUGAGGAGCCAAAGACAGGCAUGAUUUUUGGGUCUAGUGAUGACAUUUUUUUACACUAUAAGCAGUAUGCCAAUCAAAGGGGAUUUGGUGUUGUUCAAAAAGGUUGUAAGAAAGAAGCAGAUGAGACUGUCAAAUACGUCACAUUUGCUUGCGUUCGUCAAGAUUGCAAGGCGAAGAUCAAUGCCCAGUCAAGCGUUGAUGGGAAGUGGUUUCUGACCACUGUUGUGCUUGAGCAUAAUCACGAUUUCAGUCCAGGAAAAGUAAGGUUUUUUAAAUGCAACAAGCAGAUGGACCCAGUCAUGAAAAGAAGGCUUGAGUGGAAUGAUAGAGCUGGAAUCACAAUGAGUAAGAAUUUUAAUUCAUUGGUUGUUGAGGCCGGGGAUAUGGAUAGUGAUUACAGGCUAAAGAACGUGUUUUGGGCUAAUGUAAGAAGAAGGGCAUCAUACAAGUAUUUUGGCGAUGUCAUUACGUUUGAUACCACAUACAAGACUAAUAGAUACGGGAUGCCGUUUGCUCCCUUCGUGGGGGUUAAUCAUCAUGGUCAAUCUAUACUUUUGGGGGCGGGGUUGAUAUCCAGUAAGAAUACAGAGACUUUUGUCUAG